AUGCGUUCAUUCAUAUCGAUCCCCUUGCUGGCUGGCCUCGCCGCUUCGAGCACCAUCCCAGCUUCGCCGGUGGACGCAAGAGAUGCUGCUGCUGCUCCCUCUUUCGCCCCUAUCAAGAGCCAGGAGGAUUUGAGCAAGGCGCUGAAUGAUCUCUACACCGAUGCCCAAUACCUUGGACUCGGUGCUGUGGCCGGCGCUGCUCUGCUGAACGCAAUUGUUCCGCUCGCAUCCCCAAACAGCACCGCCGAGCUGGCCGAAGACUUCAAGAAGAUCACGGCCGCCAACCCCAAGGACAUUUUUGAAUAUGGUGCCCAGAUCAUCCUCAAUGGCUUCUCUGGCCAGGACUUCCUCACCAUUUUCAACGCCUACGUAGCAACACAAACAACAUCAACCUCCGCCGCCCAGCCCGCCCCAUCUACCCCAAAGCCGACCCCCGCGACGCCCCCUACGACAUCUCCGAGUCCGACCUCCGCAAAGCAAUCUACAUCCCCCCCCGACUUCACCUACGGCCGCAUCCCACCCGUAAUCUUCCUCCCCGGCACCGCCGCCCUCGCCGGCCAAAACUUCGGCCCCAACUACGGCAAACUGCUCAAGCGCGACAACAUCGCCGACCCAGUCUACCUCAACCUGCCCGGCCAGAACCUCGCCGACAUCCAGGGCGCCGCCGAAUACACCGCCUACGCAAUAAACUACAUCUCCGCCAUCUCAAACAACGUCAACGUCUCCACCAUCUCCUGGUCCGCCGGCAGCCUCGACUCGCAGUGGGCCUUCAAGUACUGGCCCUCCACCCGCUCCCGCGUGUCCGACGCAAUCCGCCUCUCCGCAGAUUUGCACGGCACCGUCUUCGCGCGCCUACUGUGCCCGGGCUUCACAACACCUGGCUGCACGCCCGCCAUCGCACAGCAAGAGUACGACUCGAAGUUCAUCAACGUGCUGCGCGCCAACGGCGGCGACUCCGCAUACGUCCCCACCACAAGCAUCUACAGCAUCUUCGACGAGAUCGUCCAGCCGCAAUCCGACCCCAUUGCCUCCGCCGCCAGCCUCGACGCACGCGGCGUCGGCGUCACAAACGUCGAGCUGCAGAGCGUUUGCACUGCCUUGCUGCCCGGCGGCCUGCCGAUCAACGACCACGAGGGCGUGAUUAUCAAUGCGCUGGGCUAUGAGCUGGCCAAGGAUGCGCUGACGCAUGCCGGGCCCGGACAGCUGAGCCGCGUGGAUACGAAUAUGGCGUGUGAGCGGUUUGCGGCGGAUGGGCUGAGCUUGGCGGAUAUCUUUGCGACGUAUGCGCUUAUUCCGAUUGCCGCGUUGAAUAUCCUUGCGUUUCAGCCCAAGGCGGAUGGGGAGCCGCCGAUUAAGGCGUAUGCGGCGAAUGGGCAGGCGCCGUGA